AGAUCAAUCACUAACGUUCAUAUUCUUGUCCAUAAUGUCGUAUAUUCUAAACUUCCUUUCUUGUACAUGAUAUACUCUGUAUAUAUCAGAGCUUUCCUCUAUCAAUAAGACAUACGAUUCCAAUACCCAAUAACAACGACGGUUAGUACAAUAUCUUCACAUGUAAUACUAACAUAUAUAUUCAAAAAAACAAAAAAAUACUAACAUAUAUAGUAUAAUCAUUGGUCCUAAAAAAAAUUCAAAUUUGUGAUCGUGUAUAUAUAUAAUGUAUGUAUAAACAAAAAUAUCAUCAUUCAACUAAAUGUAAGUAGUCACUAUAACUAGUUGACGAGUUGACUACUAAAUUAUCGUUAAUAGUCUUUAAGCUUUAAGCUAUUUCAGAAAGAAAACUUAAUUAGUUCACAUCUUGAAUUUUAAAAGCAAAAUUUUCAUUUUCUAUGAAAAGGCAUUUAACGUUUGGCCUUUUUCUUUUAUAAAGACUUUUGUUUUCUUGGGUUUGUGUUUGUGUAGAUGAACGAUGGAUGUCAAUGGAGGAAAUAUGGCCAGAAAAUAGCUAAAGGUAAUCCAUGUCCACGAGCUUACUAUCGUUGUACCAUUGCACCUUCUUGUCCCGUAAGAAAACAAGUACAGAGAUGUUCAGAAGAUAUGUCUAUUCUUAUCUCAACUUACGAAGGAACACACAACCAUCCACUUCCACUGUCAGCAACCGCAAUGGCCUCCGCCACUUCAGCCGCAGCCUCCAUGCUCCUCUCCGGAGCUUCCUCCUCCUCCUCGGCCGCCGCAGCUGAUCUUCAUGGCCUAAACUUCUCCCUCUCCGGCAAUAGCAACAUUCCAAAACCUAAAUCACCGUUCCUCCAAACCUCUUCUUCAGGCCACCCAACCGUUACUCUCGACCUCACAACCUCCUCCUCGUCGCAGCAACCAUUCUUAUCAAUGCUUAAUAGGUUCAGUGCUCCUCCUAGUAAUGUCUCAAGAUCUAAUAGCUAUCCUUCAACCAAUCUCAACUUCUCAAACAGCACUAACACACUGAUGAAUUGGGGUGGUGUUGGUAAUCGCAAUGAGCAAUACCGUGCAGCUUACGGCAACAUUAGCACCCUUCAGCAAUCACCAUACCACCAUGUGAUUCAAACCCGAAUUGCCGGGUCAUCUUUGGACCCAUUUGGAAGGUCGUCUUCAUAUUCACCACAUCCUACACAAACCAAUCUUGAUUACGUUGGAAUCAAGAGUAUUACUCAUCAAGUGCAAUAUUUACCGGCGGAAACAAUCAAAGCCAUUACGACAAAUUCAAAUUUCCAGUCGGCUCUUGCUACUGCUCUAUCUUCCAUUAUGGGCACAGAUGUAAAAAUGGAUAAUGUGACUAGAAAUGAAGCUGAGAAGAGCCCUUGAAGGAAGUGCUCUAUACAUGUUCUUCUAUAUAUGUUCCCAGUACAUUGGGAUCUAGGGCAUUUAUACUUUGGUUGUUAAGUUAUUAUUUUAAUAUGUUGUUUGAGCUUCUGGAAGUUAUGUGUACAUAUGAAACUUCUUUUGUGAAAAAUUUACAUAUCAAACUUAAAACGAAUAAGUGUGUACGGUUGGUUCCAUGCUAGGUUUUAUAUUGUUAAAAGCAUAAAAUACAGUUCAUGAGCCUCGCAACUAUGUUAUGGUUCAAACUGAUGUUUCUUCUGCGUUUUAAAUCUGAAAUC